AAGAAAAAGAGCGAGCAGGCAGGCAGGCAGGCAGGCAGGACGAAGCGAGGAAGGAACAAGCGGCAAAGCAACCCCUCCCUGCCUCGUGCAGCAGCAAAGACUUGCGGCCGCAGCACACCACCAGCAGCCGAGCUCUCUCUCUCGCCCUCGGCUCCUCUACCCCCUUCCCACUCUGGCACCGCUUCAGAUUUCAGAGGCGAAGGAGAAAAAAAGAGAGCGAAAUCGAGGCGACGCGACCGCUCGGCGAGGCCUGCUGCCUGCUUCCGCCCCGCUCCAGGCCCGUUUCCAACUGCUUCAGAUUUCGAAGGAAUCCUUCUCCCUUAGCCGGCCGUCUUCCAGGCUGCCGCGGAGCGGAGAUCCACCCGGAGUUGGGACCGGUUCCUUCCUUCUUUCCCUGGUAAGGAAGCCCUAGCUUGCUUCGAUAGUGUUCUAGGACCGAGUCUUGUCCCGCGGGAUCCUUCUUUUGCCGCGCAACCAAUCAAAUCCGAAUCUUUCUUGCUGUCCAGUUUACUGCCGAUUCGUUUGCUGCGCGGAGGGGCGCUAUCUAGGGGCAGCUUGUUUUCCCAACAUUUUGGGGGUUCAGCUGAAAUGAACCCCCUUUACAUGCUAGGUCUGAUCCCCGCAAUGCGUAUUUGUUUUAACCAGUAGCUUCUAUGUUAAAUUGAUGGCUAGUGCUAGCUUGGACAAUUAACUACUUUGCAUCGCUUCACAGGACUACAGAUGAGAAUCAUCACAAACAGUUGUAUUGCAAUGCCUGCAGUUUGUAAUUGUAGGCUUGCAGCUACAUCUGGUGCUACGAACCUCUUAGCUCAUUUCUAAAUCCCACCCACUCGGGACACCAGUUUACCUAUAUUCUUGAGCUCGUUUGGUUGAAUCAAAAUUUUGUUUUUACUGUCAAGUAAGCUCCUUUGUUGGUGCCUCACCUUCAUAGGUUGCUGAUACUCUGUUCCUAAGCCAUUCUCGCAGUCACAUCACCCAAAAAUUUCCCACCUCUCUUUCUUUCCUAUAAUUUAAUUUAACUUACAUUUACCUUGGCGUAUCAGUUGAUGUGCUAUAGUGGGCUUUAUCACAUUGUUGUUAAAUAUUUGCAGUCUAUUCGAUAAUUUAGUCAGCCCUCUUGGUAUUGUCAGCUGUCCAUACGUAUUGCUACUGUGCUUGAAACUCCACAGUUACUUGGAUAUCAGAUGCGACAAAUAUGCACACCAAAGGGGCUUCUUCAGAUGCCAUCAGAGUUAGCACUUCUAGUGCCCCUAGUACAUCAAGUCAUGGUUCUGCACAAGAUGACUAUGACUCUUCAGGCUACGUGUAUGUGUGGGGUGAAGUUAUUUGUGACAACUCUGUUAGAUCUGGUUCCGAUACAGUAAUCAGGUCAACUGGGAAGACUGAUUUUCUACUGCCUAAGCCCUUGGAGUCCAAGUUAGUUCUUGAUGUGUAUCAUGUGGAUUGUGGGGUCAAGCACGCUGCUUUGGUCACAAAACAUGGGGAAGUCUUUACGUGGGGUGAAGAAUCUGGAGGGCGUCUUGGCCAUGGAUCAAGGGAAGACUCUAUUCACCCUCGUUUAGUCGAGUUAUUAGCAAUUUGCAAUGUGGAUAUUGUUGCUUGUGGGGAGUUCCAUACCUGUGCCGUGACAACAGCUGGAGAACUGUAUACCUGGGGGGAUGGGACACAUAAUAUUGGACUUCUAGGCAAUGGUACCGAUGUAAGUCACUGGAUUCCUAAAAGGAUUUCAGGAGCACUGGAAGGUCUUCAAGUUGCUUAUGUUUCUUGUGGGACCUGGCAUACAGCCUUGAUUACAUCGAGAGGUCAGCUAUUUACCUUUGGUGAUGGUACAUUUGGAGUUUUAGGCCAUGGAAACCGCGAAAGCAUUUCGUGUCCAAGGGAGGUAGAGUCUUUAUCAGGGUUGAAAACAGUUGCUGUUGCAUGUGGUGUAUGGCACACUGCAGCUGUUGUAGAAGUUAUAGUAACCCAGUCCAGUUCAAGUAUAUCUUCGGGAAAGCUCUUCACAUGGGGAGAUGGUGACAAACAUCGACUUGGUCAUGGUGACAAGGAGCCAAGGCUUAAGCCUACUUGUGUCGCUUCACUUAUUGAUUAUGAUUUUUACAGGAUAGCAUGUGGUCAUAGUCUUACUGUGGGCCUGACGACAUCUGGACAAGUUCUGAGCAUGGGUAAUACUGUUUAUGGUCAGCUUGGAAAUCCCCGUUCAGAUGGUAAACUUCCAUGCUUAGUUGAAGAUAUUAUGGGUGAACAUGUUGUGCAAGUUGCUUGUGGUUCCUACCAUGCUGCAGUCUUGACAAAUAAGAGUGAGGUUUUUACAUGGGGAAAAGGGGCCAAUGGAAGGUUGGGCCAUGGAGAUAUAGAGGAUAGGAAAUUACCUACACUGGUUGAGGCAUUGAGAGACAGGGCUGUUAGGCACAUAGCCUGUGGUUCAAACUUCACUGCAGCUAUAUGCCAGCAUAAGUGGGUCUCAGGAGCUGAGCAGUCGCAAUGUGCCUCAUGUCGGCAACCAUUUGGAUUCACUCGAAAGAGGCAUAAUUGCCAUAAUUGUGGACUUGUCCAUUGUAAUGCAUGCACCUCGCAUAAGGUUCUGAGAGCAGCAUUGGCUCCUAAUCCUGCGAAACCUUACCGUGUCUGCGAUUCUUGUUUCAUGAAAUUGAACAGUGCUGCAUACUCCAGUACAAUUAAUAAGAGGAAAGAGACUGUGCCUCGUCACUCUGGUGAGAGCAACCCUGAUGCUAAAUUAGCUAAAGCAAUUGUACCUAGCAAUUUUGAUAUGAUUAGAAGUUUGGAUAGCAAGGCAGCAAAACAAGGGAAGAAAACUGAUGCACUGUCAUUUCUUCGGACUCCUCAAAUGAGUUCACUUCUUCAGCUGAGAGAUCUUGCUUUAUCUGGUGGUAUUGAUCUGAACAGAUCAGUUCCAAGAGCAGUUCGCACAUCAGCGGUUCGAUCAUUAAACACUUCUAGGGCUGUUUCUCCUUUCUCUCGUAAGCCUAGCCCACCACGUUCAACCACACCAGUCCCAACAACUCACGGCCUUUCUAUUGCUAAAAGUGCUGCCGACAGUCUUUCGAAAACUAAUGAGAUGUUAAAUCAAGAGGUUGAAAGACUCCGUGCACAGGUUGAUAAUCUGAGGCACUGCUGUGAGCUUCAAGAACUUGAGUUGCAGAAAUCAGCCAAGAAAGUACAAGAAGCCAUGGCACUGGUUGCAGAGGAAUCAGCAAAGUCCAAGGCUGCUAAGGAAGUCAUAAAGUCCCUUACAGCGCAGCUCAAGGAUAUGGCAGAAAGGUUACCUCCAGAUCAGGGAGCCUACAAUGGUAGUGAAGCAAAACCAUCACACAUUCCAAAUGGCAUUGAGAUGCAUGCUUCUAUAUACACUAGCAUGAAUGGUAUUCAUCAACCACGAAAUGAGUCUAUCAGUGCCUUAAGCACACCUAUACUGAACACGGGACGGCUGUUGCACCCAAAUGGAGUCUCAAGUCAACAUAAGUCACCAGGAAAUAUUAGUGAAAAUAGCGAAGUGACUGCUCACAGCCAUAGGGUUUCAGAUCCCCAUGAUGCUGAAAAUUCGAAUCGAAGAGCGCACAUCAGUAGUGAUGAGAGGCUCAGUGCAAGUAGUAGAGCAGAUGAUAGUAGCAUCAUGGAUGCUAGGUCCCUUCUAAAUGGUGAGGAUGGUUACAAAUCUCGAAGCACGAUAUCAUUGUCCAGCAACCAAGUUCAGGCUGAGUGGAUUGAACAGUAUGAACCAGGUGUAUACAUAACCCUGACAACACUUUGUGAUGGGACUCGAGAUCUAAAGCGUGUACGCUUCAGUCGAAGGCGGUUUGGGGAGCAUCAAGCAGAGAGCUGGUGGAAUGAGAACCGUGACAAGGUAUAUGAAAAGUACAAUAUCCUCCAGACCGACGGCUUCUUCGGCCUCUACGCAGGCUACACCGCCACCCUCCUCCGCAACCUCCCCGCCGGGGUGCUCAGCUACUCCUCGUUCGAGUACCUCAAGGCCUUCACUCUCAACAAGCGCAACAAGGAGAGCCUGACCCCCGGGGACAGCGUGCUGUGCGGCGCUCUUGCGGGGGCGAUAUCAGCAGCGCUCACCACGCCGCUGGACGUGGUGAAGACACGGCUGAUGACCAGGGUGGGCACGGAGGGGAGUCGCACCGUGCUGGGGACGAUGAGGGAGGUCGUUGCGGAGGAGGGGCUUAUGGGCCUAUCCCGUGGAAUUGGGCCCAGGGUGCUUCACAGCGCGUGCUUUGCCGCGCUAGGGUACUGUGCCUUCGAGACAGCAAGGCUUGCCAUUCUUAAGUGGCACCUUGAAGGCUGUGAGAGGAAGGCUGCAGGGGAGAUGAAGACCGGAGCUAUUGCUGCUGCUUCUUGAGUUUGCUGUGUGCUUUCCUUUUCCUUGAGGGAAGGUAACUGUUGUCGGUUCUUAGUGACAUCCUCUGCUAGUAUUGGGAGUGUGAACUGUGAAGUGUUCUUUCUUUUUGGCUACCUAGGUAUGCUACCUUGCAGUUCAUGUACUUGUUAAAUGUUUCGGCUUUAGCAUCAUGAAAAAUUCAAUACAGAGUUGAAUGAUAUAAGACCAUAAGAAUUAUAAUAAUAUCAAGCAAUUGACCA